CUAUUUCCCAUCAGGAAGUGAUUAGUUCAAAUUCAGAUCCUUAAAUAGCUUCUGGAUGUCUUCUCAAGGAUUACUUCUUGGUGUUCUAGUCACUUGAGUCUUAGUGAAAACGAAAGAACUUGCUUUCUUACUGAGAAGCCUGGGGGAAAAGAAUCCUUUAAACCUCCUUUCUUUGGCCUCGAUGACUUUUUGCCUGCUCUUUGAUAUCAAAUUUAUGUGCAUCUUGACACAGUUCUUCUGAUAUUUAGUCAAAGACUGGAUACUUCUUCUGAGACUCUUCUUCUCUAUAGGAGUUUGGGUGGUAAAAUUGGAUAUCUUUUGCCUGCUUCAAUUUCGACGACCUCUGACUAAUCUAGGAUUGAGUCCGUUCAAAAAUCUAUUAUGUAACCCCUCUUGAGUUCUCUUCAUUGUUCAGACUAUCUUCUUGUCUAUCUCUGGGAGUACUGGAGAUGACUCUGAUAUCUGUAGGACAGCUUUUAUUGGCUUUGUGAUUUGAAUAUUUCUUGUAUUCAUUUAUUUUUAUUAA